CGACAUUCUUCCACCAUUUACCCCACUUGCGAGCCUAUUCCGAGAUUUAUAAGGUGCUCAUGUUUGCAGGUACUUCAUCAAUCAUGUUCGUGCAAACUUCCUUUGUAGCGCUUCUUUGUGGCUCAGCUUACGCUGGGACCACGAUAUGGUCAGGAAGUUUCAACCCAUAUCCAACCGUCAGCACUUUCGAUGACUGGUCUUGGGCUGACGAAGUGGGAACGUAUCAAUGGUAUAUUCAUGGAACAGAGCCAACGUCGCACUACCUUGCACUUGACCCUAGCUACAAAAAUCCUGCUGAUACAGCAGAGACCAACGGUCUCAUGGUGACCAUCGACUCUACCGCGGAAUGGAAUUCGGAUAUGGAGCGAACCGAACUCAUUCCACAGACUACCCAGAAUCUGGGUACAGGAAAUCUGUUCUACCAUUUCUCGCUUAGCACCGAUCCAACUGGUCUUAAUGCUCCCGACUCUACCCUAGAGCACCAGAUCUUGUUCUUUGAAAGUCAUUUCACGGAGAUUAAAUAUGGAGUAGCCCCCAACCCAACCGAUCUGCAAUGGAUGGUCAGUAGCCAAUUCCAGUGGGGGACGCCUCUUGUUCCGGGGACAUGGUACAAUUUCGCCUACGAUAUCGACUUUACUGGCUCGACUGUGGGACUUUGGUUCUCCGAUGGCAGUUCGCCCUUGACGAAGGUAGCAAACAAUGUCGCAGCUUCAACCUCAACCAACUCUGAAGACUUCCAUGUUGGCGUUCUACGUAUCGUAAACACGCCCGCUCCAGAGAACUGGUAUAUAUCCGGCGUUUACAUUGAGAAUGGUCCUAUCACGACGGCGAUUGGAAGUGGAAACAGCACCGGGUCAAGUUCAAGUUCCUCCAUCUCCAGCAGUUCUGCUACUUCUGUGACUUCUACACCAACUACCACCAUAAGUUCACCUUCAUCCACGCCUACCGCUACAGCUCCUGAAUACGGUCAAUGUGGAGGCACUGGAUAUACUGGACCAACCACUUGUGCUUCUCCGUUUACCUGCACCGCGAUUAGUCCACCUUACUAUUACCAGUGUCUGUGAUUCUUCGAACGGGAACAUGGAAUUGUUAUCUGAAACUAUCUGAAACCAAUCCACCUUGAGCGUUGAAACGUCGAUGUUACUGCAGUACAGAUAAUGUACCCUACCGGAGCGAGAGAUUUUCGUACAUACAUCCUACCUUCUAAGAGCUACUAACAAUGUAAACACUGAUCUUGCAAUGAAAAUAUCUUACUGUGCAUACAUGGGGGGUCAAUCAAAUUUGAGAUAGAAUAUAGAGGGCAACGAUGAUUUAAUGCAGGGACUGUCUAUCCCGUCUUUAAGCUUGACGACUUGAAGCAUUUUGAGGCGUGUGUUCGUCUAUCCAGUAUGCAUCAAUGGUAUGCCGAGGGUGUAGGGCUAGGUAGGGCUUGAAA